AUGAAUCCCGGCGGACGGUUCAUCUCUGCCUCCCAUCUGACGGCUCGAUUGCCACACGAGAAUCCUCGACCCAGGACAAUAACACCCGACCUGGACCCGAGGUACCCUCAUGUCUCGCUUGGGGCACCCUGCUCCACCCGAUGCUGCCCCGACCCGCUGGGUGCAGCUCCCAAUCCAACGACACUUGGACUCGUCGAUCCUCCCAGGUUCGUCGGAGGUGCUGUUGCAUUCAUCGACGGAAGGUGGUUGCCCCUAGUGUCCAUCGCCAAGCUUCCCCACGCGCCGCCUAGGGCCUGGAUCGCGUGGUCUCUCGUCUUUAGAAACUCGUCGCCCCUAUUUUAG